AUGGAUAAGUGUAGUCAAAAUUAUGUGUUGUCUACGUGGUCUUGCAAAACAGAGCUUACAGAGAGAAAUGAAACCAGUGACAGAAAAGAAUGUGAUGGUGACGAUGUCUUUCAGAAGAUUCCUCCUCUCCUCUCUUCUGCUGGCAAUGAGGGUAGAGAUGAGACCGUUGAGGCAAGCAGACAAUUGACAUUGGCAGCGAUACUCAAAGAUAAAGAGAAACUUGUCAAUGUUUCAAGUGUUCUUACUGAUGGCAGUCAAGAGAAACAACCAGAAAUCCACAAGGAGAUGGAGACAAUUGUUGAAAUGGAAGAUCCUGAUUCUUCAAAGAAUGGAGAUAAUGAAGCUAAUAGCAGAAAAAGAAAGAGAAGCAAAUUUGAAGAUGAAACUCUGAGUUCUCUUUUGGAACAUGACUUGAAAGAAGAACCGAAAUUUACAGGACAUCUCAGCUUUCAUAAGAAAUUUCAUGAACAGUUUCAGGCUACUGCUAAUGGUUAUACAAAUCAGAGCAAUGAAUAUCAUAAAAGUAAAAUAUGCAAAGCUGACAGUGAUUCUCAGGACCGUGUUUCUCUGUGUCUUUCUGGUAAAGAAAAUGAUUGUCUCAGUGACGGAAUGCUGGCUUCAGAAGUAGACUUUGAGUGGGCCGGUGAGGCGUGGGACAAUAAGAAAAUGUGCUCUGGAAAGAAAUUCCCUGAAAACAGCCAUGGAAGCAACGGCUUACCUGUUAUUGGGAAUAGAUCAGAAGUUCCUCUGAAUUCAUACAAAAUGGACACUGUCAUUUGCAAAGAGGAAUUUCUCUUCAACUCCAAGGCCUCUCAUUCACAGGUUCAAGAUGAUGAUGCAUAUCAUAGAUUGGUGGAAGACUUAAAGGAUGCGUGGCCUUCCAAUUUGUCUACAUUCAAAAUGCACAAGUGCCAACACUGCAGUUACGCUACCGCAGUUCAUAGUGACUUCAAGCUGCACCUAAAAAUACAUGCAGGUGAAAGACCAUUUGUGUGUAAAGAAUGCAAUAAGACGUUUAAAACAUCAAACCGUUUGCAGAAACACAGCCUUAUUCACGUAAAGAAUGGAUAUGAGUUUGGCCAUUGCAUCUAUGUAGAUAGCCGUUCAGAGAACCUUGAAUUGCAUCGUGAAAUGGAUGUAGGCUUGUGUCCAGAAAGAGAUUUUGGUUCCUCGGAAGGUUCAAACACCAUCCAUUCUUUUCUUGGUUCAGAAGUCUGUGGAGGACAGCCAGAUGUCCAGAGGGGCAAAACAAAUGAUUUGCUAGCACAAAGUCAGCCACGAUUCUAUCAGUGUGCAGAGUGUGAGUACACUACGUACAUUUUAAGCAACCUUGAGCUACAUGUAAGAACUCACACAGGUGAGAAACCUUACAGCUGCAGCGUUUGUCAGAAGAAGUUUCGUACUUCCAGUCACCUGAAAAGGCACAGAGUCACGCAUUUUAACAUGGAGCAUCUCAAGUGCAGGAACUGUGACUAUUCAACAAACAAAUGGCUGUCCUUGAAACAGCAUCUGGCUUCACACUCCUGUGAGGAAAGCUCAUCUACUGGCUGCUUCUACGAACAAAAGCAGCUGCCUGUCAAAACAUACACAUGUGAAGAGUGUGGCUAUUCCACAGCCCACAAUGGAAACUUGAAGCCACACUUGAGAAUUCAUACAGGGGAGAAGCCGUUCAAGUGCGGUCAGUGCACCGUUGCUUUCCGCACAUCUAGCCACCUGAAGCGCCACUUACUGACUCAUUUAAAGUUGCACUGCAGAAGGUGUAAAUUUUCUACGGUAGAUAAACGUGCUUUCCAAAAGCAUGUGAAAACACACCAAAAAAUGUACAAGUGUGGAAAGUGUAAUGUGACUCUGCCUACCAAAAAACUUCUGGAAAAGCAUAAGCAGCAACAUAAGCUUGGAAUUUAA